AUGCAACAAGUGCAUGCAGACUCAGCCACUGAAAGUCAUUCUUUAACUACAGCUUCAGACAAAACGGAUAGGUCAGAGAUUUCUAAUUCUAUAGAUGAUUUAUCAGGCUCAGACAUUUCUCCUGAAAUAAGCACUGAGGAAUCGAGACAAAAAGCUAUUUCCCUCAUUAAUGAUCCUACACACUUAAGUACCAUCCUCUCCAAUGCUGGAGGUCAAAUUGAUAUGCUGAAGAAAAGUGCAUUUGAUCAUUUGCACCAGUUGCACACUCUACUCACAUCUUCUGACAGUAAUGAUGCAGUUCGAAGUGUCACUGAGCAUAUCAAAAGCGGUAUUAAUGUUCUUAAGGCAUAUGAAACAAGGAAAGAGCAUCCCACCUUACCAAUCAAAAGCCGUUCUUCACCUAAUGCGCUUAAUGAAACUCAAAUCAGAUUCCAGUCAAUAAAGAACAAGAGGCCGCGACAUACAGGGAUUGCUAAACUGUCAGUUGCUGCUAUGGCUAACUGUAAAGAAAAUCUGUCUAAAGUGGACAUUAAUGACUCGCCAGACUCUCAGGACUCGUCAGACUCUCCGGACUCCCUAGACUCUCCAGGCUCUCCAGACUCUCGUGACUCGCUAGACUUUCAGGACUCUCAAGACUCUCCAGUCUCUCAGGACUCGCUAGACUCUCAGGACUCUCAAGACUCUCAGGGCUCGCUACACUCUCCAGACUCUCAGGACUCUCAAGACUCUCCAGACUCUCAGGGCUCGCUAGACUCCAGACUCUCCAGACUCUCAGGACUCUCAAGACUCUCAGGGCUCGCUAGACUCUCCAGACUCUCAGGACUCUCCAGACUCUCCAGUCUCUCAGGACUCGCUAGACUCUCAGGACUCUCAAGACUCUCCAGUCUCUCAGGACUCGCUAGACUCUCAGGACUCUCAAGACUCUCAGGGCUCUCCAGACUCCAUCCAGACUCUCAGGACUCUCAAGACUCUCAGGGCUCGCUAGACUCUCCAGACACUCCAGACUCUCAGGACUCGCCAGACUCGCAGGACUCUCCAGACUCUCAGGGCUCGCUAGACUCUCCAGACUCUCCAAACUCUCCAGUCUCUCAGGACUCGCUAGACUCUCAGGGCUCUCAGGGCUCUCCAGACUCCAUCCAGACUCUCAGGACUCUCAAGACUCUCAGGGCUCGCUAGACUCUCCAGACUCUCCUCGCUAGACUCGCAGGUCUCUUAAGACUCUCCAGA